CCCAAGUUUUCGACCGAAGACACUAAGCAAGUCAAACGAAAUGCCUCAGAAUAUAAAAUGUAGGCAGCAAUAGACGCACAACAGUUGCACGUUCAGCAACCAGCUAACACGAUUGUUCGCAGCGACCGUGUGCGGGCACCUGCUCAAGUGGCUUCCCUCCUCAAUUAGAGGCGGUGCGUAUUGCAUUGCAAUUGAUCGAAGGGCCAGCGAAUAUAAAAUGUAAGCAGCGAUUGACAAUGCCAUUCCUGUUUCCUCGACGCUGAUGGUGGAACACAAGCAACAAGCAACAAGCCAGACAUAGAUAGAGAUGAGUAUGUUCGCUCUCUCCCUCUCCCUUCUCUCCCUCUCCCUUCCCAUCCCAUCCAUCCUUACGCGCUUCGCUUCUGCGCCACGUGCCGCAGGUCGACACCAAUCGCCACCAGCCCGUUGUUCGGCCGGCUCGCAACAAGUAGCUGGCUCUCGGGCGCGUCACCGCCACUCUCGCCCGCUUCACCGCCAACCGAAUCCGUACCUCCUCGAGAAGACGUUGGCGAGUCUGCCUGGGCAGCUGCACGAAGGUCUUGCGUGCGGCGCCGGGCACGUAGUCGAACACUGACAGCUCCAGGGGCAGCACCUUCUGACGCUCGUAGUCCCACUCGUACACGCGGCCUCGCUCCUUAACAAACAGCGGCGUCAGACACAAAAACAAGUGCGCAUUCGGGUGUGGAUAUUCAUGUGUUGUUUGCUGGCCGUCAUCUCACCUGGUGCGCUUUGAUCACCGAGGGUUCCUCGUCUACAGACACAGACAUGCACACAAAUCGCUCUAGCGAAGAGAUCCUCCGACCCUCCCUUCCUCACUCCGUUCUUCCCUCCUUCCUUCACCUGUGUGUGUGCGGUAUUGUUCCAGCUCUCUUAUCUCCAGCCGCCCCACCGCCGUGGCCGGCACGAAGCCGAUCGACGACCGCGGCGCACUCUCAGUGGGGUAUGGUCGUGGCGGCACCAGCUCGGCCGCCACGCCCGGACCGUCGGUGAUGGAAGUGGACAGACCGUAGCGCUGCACACCUGCACGAUAGGAGCAGAACAAUUGUAUGCAUGCCAUUGGGCGGAUGCAUGCCUUUGUACCUCCUGUCUGGUCGAGGCCCGUGUAGUUCCAGACGAGGAGGCCGUUGUUGACGCCGCGGAAGCAGAAUUGUAUUUCUGAAGUCGAGCAUACACACAGAUACACAUGCAUGCGAAGAGAUGAGCCUCCCUGUGUCGUGUAUGUGCUGUCCUGACGUGGGAAGAUAACAUAACAGCCCUUCUGUCGGCGCGUCGGUCAUCAUCACUGUUAAGAAUGAACUCCUGCGGCACGGGCAGGCCAGGCUUCCUCACUUCGAACAUGCUGGACAACUAAUGACUUUUGGCUGGUCCCAGUGCCGUCCAUGCAAUGCCGCAUAAGGUAAAUGAUCACAAAGCGGCAAGCUCCUCCAUAUCGGCCAACAUGUCCACACGACGGCCGCGUGGGGCCGGGGGCGGGGGAGGCACCGAGAGGAGACAAACAACAAGAGUCAGCAAAGAGGGGGCCGUUUCUCUGUCUGUGUAUGGCUGCUGGACGUGUGAGUGCAUGUGCUCACCGAGGGGAGGUUCCUCAUCGUGCAUGCCGUAAUCCAUAUCUCUCUCAACGCCAAGGAGCCCCAAGUGCUCGCGCGGGUAACGCAGCGGCGCGUGCAACAUGCGAUCAGCAACUGCACACACACACGGCCAAUAAUCAGAGGGACAAGAGGCUCCAUUGGCUGCCUGUUGUGUCAUAUGUUAAGUGGGUACGUGAACGUACCGGUCUUGUCAUCCGCCGCCCAUGGGUCCCUGCCCAUGGGAGGCAUGUCCACGCCGCCCUCGCCCAUCGCCUCGCCGUCACGCACUGCCCUGCCACCCUGGCCACCAGCAGCAGCUGCGCCUGCGCAAGAGGGAGAGAGGCGUAGUCUAAGAUGGAUUCCCGUGCGUGCAUUGUAGUUGGUUGGAUGCGGACGUCCCUCCUUGCACACUUACUCACCGUCAUCGAUCUCCAUGUCUUCCUCUGCGUCU